AUGGGCAGUCAUCAUUUGCGUGUUAUUCUAUUGAAUUUAGUAGAUCAUCUUAGUGAAAAUGAUCGAGAACGUUUACGUUUUUAUAUUGGACCCGAUGUUCCACGAAUUAUUAGAGAUGAUUCAUCAUUUGCUGGUAUUCUUCGUCUUUGGGAAUCACUUUUCGAUCAAGAUAAAAUCAAUGAAGAAGAUUUUACCUAUUUAAUAAAUGCACUUGAUGAAAUUCAUUGUCGUGAUGCUGUGAAACUUUUAAGAGAACAUAUGAGACGAAUGCAGGCACAUGGCUUAAAAGAAUCCUUAGAAAAUUUAGCAUCGAUAAUUCCACCAACGGCACCACACAUAACAAUAGAAGAAAUUCUUGGAGAUCAAGAUAAAGAUGAUAAAUUAGCCUUAAAAAGUCAAUCGUCCAAAACAACAUUCGAUGGAAUAUGGUUAAAACCUGGAAACGGCAAAAUUCCGUCAGAUGCUGUUGUUGGUGGUCAAGAAGGCAAUAAACUAGUUUAUAUAGCACGUUCAAAAUUAGUAAAUAAUUGUAUUAUUCCGGGCAAAUUGGUAGAAGGAACCGAAAAGGCUAUUAUUACACAUUUCGGUGUUCAUUCGUCAUCUAAUUAUGAAGUGCUGAUUAGAUCAAAUCCUGAGCAGGAAUUCAAAUGGAGUGCAACAAGAAAUGCUAUUGUACCAGAAGGUGCUCUUGUAGCAGGCAAAGAAGAAGCAGUUCUAGUCUAUGUCGGUAGAAUUCAUUAUAACUCAACGAUGAUUCUUCUUGGGAAACAUGUUGUUCCUGAUGGCACUUUUUAUUACGCUCAUGAUGGUCAUGAGAUGAGUACAAAAGAUAACUUCGAAGUGUUGUGUAUAUCGUGA